GGCUGUCUCGCAAAGGGGGCGGGCAGUCAGGUUUGGUUGCGGAGCUGAAACCGGUCACCGAGCACUCCAGCACGUUGUGAAGCCGCUUCUGGUGAUUCAAAGAAAUCACUUGUUUCUAAAGCCUCCACGUUUUUGAAAAUUAACCCACUGAGAUUUCCAGUUGACCAAAGAAAUGGUGAUGGAGAAGCCAAGUGCCCAGCUGGUCGGGCGAGAGUUUGUCCGACAGUAUUACACACUCCUGAACCAGGCCCCCGACUACCUGCACAGGUUUUAUGGGAAGAACUCGUCCUACGUGCACGGCGGCCUGGACAACAACGGCAAACCGGUGGAGGCCGUUUAUGGACAAUCUGAGAUCCAUAAGCGGGUGAUGGCUCUGAGUUUCCGCGACUGUCACACUAAGAUCCGACACGUGGACGCCCACGCCACGCUGAACGAGGGCGUGGUGGUGCAGGUGAUGGGCGAGCUGUCCAACAACAUGCAGCCCAUGAGGAAGUUCAUGCAGACCUUCGUGCUGGCACCGGAGGGGACUGUUGCCAACAAAUUCUACGUCCACAACGACGUGUUCCGUUACCAAGACGAGGUGUUUGGAGACUCCGACUCUGAGCCUCCAGAAGAGUCUGAGGAUGAGGUGGAGGAGAUCGAGGAGAGGAUCCCCUCCCCCGACAUCGCUCAGGAGGACUCGGCUCCGUUCUACGACCCGACGCCCUGUUCAGAGCCGACAGCCCCCGGAGACGAAGAGGAGGCGGCAGCAGCGAGUCCAGAACCCGAGCCGGAGGUGGAGAAGGAGGUCGAGGUGGCGGCGGCUGUGGAGCUGAAGCCGGACACGACGCUGGAGACGCAAACCGACACAAACACAUCCGACGACCAGACAGAGAAAAGCCCCGCCGCCGCUGCCCCCCCCAUCGCUGAACCCGUCGCCGCCCCCGCAGAACCAACGCCCGCCGCUCCAGAAGAAAACAGGUUCUCCUGGGCCUCCGUCACCAGUAAGAACCUCCCCCCCAGUGGUGCCGUCCCAGUCUCGGGGAUCCCUCACGUCGUCAAAGCCCCCACAGCACCGGCCCGAGCGGAGGUGAAGUCAGAGACUCAGACAGCAGCAACGAGACCACAGAGAGACCAGAGGCCCAACAGAGAACAGAGACCAGGAGGACCCCCACCUGUACACAGAGGACCCAGACCAGUUCGGGAAGGAGAGCAGGGAGAGACGGAGAGUCGCCGGGUGGUCCGGUACCCCGACGCCCAGCAGCUGUUUGUGGGGAACGUCCCUCACGACGUGGACAAGACGGAGCUGAAGGAGUUCUUUGAGCAAUACGGUACAGUCCUGGAGCUGAGGAUCAACAGCGGAGGGAAGCUCCCAAACUUUGGUUUCGUGGUGUUCGACGACUCUGAGCCCGUGCAGAAGAUCCUCAGCAACCGGCCCAUAAUGUUCCGAGGCAGCGUGCGGCUGAACGUGGAGGAGAAGAAAACCCGAUCGGCUCGGGAGGGCGACCGGCGGGACGUCAGGCCCCGCGGCCCAGGGGGUCCCGGCGGCCCCAGGGAGCGAAUCGGAGGCGGCGGCGGUGGAGGAGGAGGUCCCCGAGGCCCCCCCACCCGCGGCGGCAUGGCACAGAAACCCAGCUUCGGCUCCGGGCGGGGCGCCGGGCCCAGCGAGGGUCGCUACCCCACCCAACGUCAAUGAGGGCCCCCCCAAACCUGAGUUAGAUUACUGUCUGGAUUCAACUGAGCAGCAGGAAGCAAUUGGACUGAAAGCUAAAAUAUAACUUUACAUCGUAGGAGCAAAACGUAGUCAUUUUAGGGUCCACACACACACACACACACACACACACACACACACACACACACACCCCGGUUCUUCCUCCUGAGUGUGAAGGGGUUUCUGAGUAACUGAUCAGGUUUGGUUGAGAGCUCUCCACAUCUGUCCCCCCUGAAGACAGCUUCCUCACCCUCCUCUUCCUCUUUCUCACCCGCUGCUCUUUGUUUCCCGCUGAGGAAUCCAGAAUGUCACCCCCCCUCUUCCUCCUCUUCUUUUUGUACCCCUCUCUCCUCCUCCUCCUCCUCCUCCACCAACACAUGUAUUAUCUGGACUUUUUUUUGUCUUUUUUUUGUUUUUCAUUGCUGAACUUGAAUUUAUUAAAGAAACAAACACGCAAACACACGAGAAAAAGGGUAAAUACUACUUGAAUUGGGGAUUAAAAAACCCAGAGGUUAGGUUUUUUUCGCGUUCUCUCUCCCUGUUUCUUAAAGGAACGUGUACUUUACUGCUUGGGCAAUCCUGUGUAUUGCUGCCACCGUUGUACCUGGCGAUGGAUCUGUCUUAUCUUUUUAUUCUAUCAGGUCAAGAGCUGAACUGUCGUGGUUUUUAUUUGAGUAAUGUUGGCUUGUAACAUGUGGACGCAUCCGAGCGCCGAGCAUGUUUCAAAUCAUGUAUCAAAUCCUGUCAGGCUUCUUUACCGAUGCACUUCAUUCGUCAUCACGUUUAAAACGAGCUCACCUGCCGAUGAGAGAACUAAAUUAAAAGUGAUUUACUGUUUUAAA